UCCUUCUGUCUGGAAAUUCAUGACGCGGCCCCAGUUCUCACUCCGGUUAUAAAGUCUCCACUGACCGGCCUGCACGCAGAUCGUCCCCAGACCCCGGGACAUCAUGGGCCCCGGAACCCUCCUCCUGCUGCUCUCGGGGGCCCUGGGCCUGACGGGGACCCGGGCGGGCUCCCACUCCCUGAGGUGUUUCGGCACCACCUGGUCCCGGCCCGGCCGCAGUGAUCCUCGCUUUGUCGCCGUCGGCUUCGUGGACGACACGCAGUUCAUGCGGUUCGACAGCGACGCGGCGAGUCCGAGGAUGGAGCCGCGGGCGGCGUGGGUGCAGGGGCCGCGGGCGGAGCAGGCGCUCCCGGGGUACUGGGAGCAGAAGACAGCAGACCUCAAGGUGGUCGCACAGGCUGCCCGAGUGGAGCUGAACUUCCGGCGCAGCUACUACAACCAGAGCGAGGCAGGGUCUCACACCAUCCAGUGGAUAUACGGCUGCGAAGCGGCGUCGGACGGGCGCCUCCUCCGCGGGUACACGCAGUACGCCUACGACGGCGCUGACUACCUCGCCCUGAACGAGGACAUGCGCUCCUGGACCGCGGCCGACACGGCGGCUCAGAUCACCCAGCGCAACUGGGAUGCGGAGAGCCUGAGAGACUACUUUGAGGGCAGGUGCCUGGAGGGUCUCCUCAAAUACCUGGAGAUCGGGAAGGAGACGCUGCUGCGCGCAGACCCUCCAAAGACACACGUGACCCACCACCCCACCUCUGACCAUGAGGUCACCCUGAGGUGCUGGGCGCUGGGCUUCUACCCUGCGGAGAUCACCCUGACCUGGCAGCGUGAUGGGGAGGACCUGACCCAGGACACAGAGCUCGUGGAGACCAGGCCUGCGGGGGACGGGACCUUCCAGAAGUGGGCAGCUGUGGUGGUGCCUCCUGGAGAGGAGCAGAGAUACACGUGCCAUGUGCAGCACGAGGGGCUGCCCGAGCCCCUGACCCUGAGAUGGGAGCCGCCUCCUCAGGCCGCCAUCCCUGUGGGCAUCAUUGCUGUGCUGGUCCUCCUUGGAGCUGCGGUCACUGGGGCUGUGGUGGCUGGAGCUGUGCCGUGGAGGAGGAAGCGCUCAGCAUGAAACAGCUGCCUUGUGGGGGACUGAGUGAUACAAGAGUUGUUCAUGCCCCAGUUUGUGACUUCAGGAACCUCUGAUCUCUCUUUCUGCAAAGGGCAUCUGAAUAUGUCUGCGUUUCUCUCAGCAUCAUGUGAGGAGGGAGGAGACUGCCCGCCCCCUGCCCUCCAUGCUCCCUCUCCACACUGAGUCUCUUCCCUGACCCACUGUCCUGUUCCAGCAGAGGCUGUUUCCAUCCCCGAUUUUACUUUGUGUUACACAGAGCUGCAACUUCUUACUUCCUAUUGAAAGAAGCAUCUGGAUAUGGAUUUAUUUUUUCAGUUCUUGAUGAAGGGUUGAUGGGUUAAUUGAAGGAGAAAAUCCUAAGGUUUCAGAGGAAAUAAAUUGAAGCACUGAGAACCUUCCAGAAUCCAUGUUUUGGCUGUGCUGAGUCUAUUGCAGGUGGAGAAAGGAGAGGCUGUGAGCACCGAGCGUGGAUGCGGUCUGAGCCCAUUCAAUGCUCAGUGCAUCGUGGGCUGUGACAUGGUCACUCCUCAGCUGGGUCACCUCUCUGCCCCUUUGUCCUUGUCCCUUCAGUAGAACCUUCUCCCACCAAGACCUGUGAUCACAGGGACUCGAACAUCACCCAGGUCUGGUCUUGUCAGUGAGGGCUUCGUGUGGCCAGGUCAGCCUAGGUUCAGGCCUGGCCUGGCCCUCAGCCCCCCGUCUUUUGGGUGUUCGUUUGUAUUUCUGUAGAGGAAUAUGACUUAUUGUUCUUA